AUGCCUCCUGCCGCCGCCAAGCAGCGGAAGAUCGCUAUUGUGGGCAGUCGCUCGGUCGGCAAAUCGUCGCUCACGGUGCAAUUCGUCGACGGGCACUUUGUGGAGAGUUACUAUCCCACCAUCGAGAAUACGUUCAGCAAGGUCAUUAAGUUCAAAGGCCAGGAAUAUGCCACCGAGAUCAUCGACACGGCUGGUCAGGAUGAGUACAGCAUUCUCAAUUCGAAGCACUUCAUUGGAAUACAUGGGUAUAUGCUUGUGUACUCGGUAGCAUCCAUGCAAUCAUUCGAGAUGAUUCAGGUUAUUCGAGAUAAGAUUCUAAACCAUCUGGGUUCCGAAUGGGUUCCUAUUGUCAUAGUCGGCAACAAGAGCGAUUUACGGCCAGAGCAACGACAAGUCACUCCCGAGGCGGGCAAGGAAUUGGCAGAGAAGUUCCAGUGCGCUUGGACGGAGGCCAGCGCCCGAUACAAUGAGAAUGUCACAAAGGCUUUUGAGUUGAUGAUUAUGCAGGUUGAGAAGUCGCAGAAUCCUAAUGAGCCGACUGGAGAGAAGGGUUGCGAGGUGAUGUGA